AUACAACAGCGCGCUGUCGUACGUAAACUGCGUUAGCGAACCGCCACUCUUCCAUUCAGCAUCCCUCCGCAACCUCUGCCAUGAGUCUGCUUCACCUCUCAGUACUCCUAGCAGUCGCAGCGGUAGUGAGCACCGAGUCGCAGCUCCUGCCCGGCUCCUGCAGUUUCGAGUCGGACAGCUGCGGCUACAGGUCCGAUCCCUCUCAUGCUGCCUGGACCAUAAACGAGGAAGGUCGCUUCAUCACAGCAGACUCUUCUGUUGGCGAGAAAGAAAAGUAUGUCCUGAUCAGUCCAGAGCUGGAUCUUCAUGAGUGGAGCUGUGUGCGGAUAGUCUAUCAGAUCACCGGCUCGGGGUUCCUUGAGCUCCACUUGCGACCCGAGGGCGAGAACUUCGACUACAUGCUGUGGACGACCAAAAAACCUUCAGACAGUUGGCUUAUUGCCAGCGUGGAUCUUCGCAAUAUGACUGGGGCUUACCAGCUAUUAUUUGAGGGCAAGCCCAGCAGAGGAAUGGGAAACAGCGUUGCUAUUUUUGAAAUUCACAUCAUUCCUGGAUACUGUGUAGAAUGUAACUUUGAGGAACAUCACUUGUGUGGCUACAGUAAUCAGUGGAAUCCCAAUGUGAACUGGUACGUAGGGGGAAGCUUAGCGCGGGACCCUCAGUCAAACCUUCCUGAUGAUCACACCAUGAACAAUGAAAGAGGUCAUUACAUGUAUGUGGACUCGGUUUACGCUAAAAGGUUCCAAGAGGUGGCCAAGCUGGUGUCGCCAAUGACAACAACUCCAAUGAUGGGAUGCUUGUCAUUUUACUAUCAAAGGGAUCAAGCUAUUGGCAAUUUCUUCUCCGUCUUCACUAAAGACCAGCUGGGACACUAUGAGGAGAUCUGGAGGCCGGAUGUGUACGCAACACCAAGGUGGAAGUUAGUGCAAGUGGAUAUCAAGGCACCUCAUCCCUUGGAGGUGGUUUUUGAGGUGGCCUUCAACAGUGCUCGCGGUGGCUACGUUGCUGUGGAUGACAUCUCGUUUUCCCCUGAGUUCUGCCACACAGAGACAGAGCCGGCCUUUGACCCCUCAAUUGCAAACUGCGACUUUGAAGAGAGCCUGUGUCAGUAUUACCAGGAGGAAACUGGAGGUUCGGUGUGGAACAGGGUCUCCGUAAAACCAAACGUUUACCGCAUAGGGGAUCACACCACAGGCACUGGGUCCUUCCUCCUGGCCAACACACGCUUCACGUCUCGUCCAGGGUAUGUGGGUCGCCUUUUCGGACCCACCCUGCCGGGGAACUACAAAUACUGCCUCAGGUUCUACUAUGCCCUGCAUGGCUUCGUGAAAAUAGACAAUGCUCUUGCUCUCUACAUCUAUGACGAAAACAAAGUCGCUCAGGAGAAAAUCUGGACCGUGUCUGAGAGGUCUAGAGAUGUUUGGACGGAAGUGGAAGUCACGUACACGAAGCCAAUGCCUACAAAGGUAGCAUUUGUCAGCAUCUGCAGAAACUUCUGGGACUGUGGACUUCUAUCUCUGGAUGAUAUCUCAGUGACCCUUGGAGACUGUCGGGUUGCCACGGGACCAUUGAAGCCUCCUCCUGGACAUUGUAACUUUGAAACCGGUGACUGCGGCUACACCCAGAAAUCGAAAAGCAAAAAGGGACAUUGGUUACGACUUAGGGGACAGACACCUACAUCCUAUACAGGACCUAAAGGGGACCAUACCUUAGGGGUAGGCUACUUCAUGUACAUUGAGGCGUCACACAUGUUGGCCGGUCAGUCUGCCCGACUGAUGUCGACUGAACUCAGGGGGUCAUCCGGACCACAGUGUCUGAUCUUCUUCUACCACAUGUACGGCUCGGGCACAGGGACCCUGAGGGUGCUGCUGCAUAAAGGGGGCAGGGAGCAGUCGCUCUGGAUGAGACAGGGAGAGCAAAGCGUGUCCUGGAUGAAGGCCACAGUAGAUUACGAGUGUUACACAAGACAUUGGAUUAUAUUUGAAGCUGUCAGAGGAUCAUCAAUAAGAAGUGACAUCGCUGUUGAUGAUAUUAUGUUUAAAAAGGGACCUUGCAAAGAUCCUGGAGAUAGCAUCCCAUAUUCAGGAUUCUCUGAAAACUUUAAUGAGAUCGAGUAUUGAGUCCUAGAAUGAUGAUGUCUGUUUGUUUUUAUGUUAUUUUUGACUUAUGGUUUAUUACUGAGAGGGAGAAUGUUUGUUUUCUAGACCCAACAGUGUGCAUAAGACAUUUUCUGGUCAUGCAUGAAUAUGCACUUCUUUUGUUUUUAUAAGUGGUAGAAUGUUUAUAGGUCAUAUAGCCUGAUGCUUGUAAACGGUUGUCCUGUUUUUGUGUAUUAUUUUAAGAAGAUACUUUUUAAUGUGUUGACAUUGCCUUGCAGCGUGCUGCUAGGUAGCAUUAAUGUUUGACGAUCUAUUUGCCGACGUUAAAGUUUCUUGCCUCUUUUUGCACUAAUCAGUGUCGGAGAAACUUCAGUUCAUGAGUUGUAUACAUUUUCACUCACAAUGUUACAUUUAUUAAA